UGUAUUUUCUUUCUCAGAAUGGAUUUCCACACGUACUCUGCAUGCGGACCUCUCCCCGUGAAAUGUCAACAAAACCUGUAGCUCAAGCAGUGUGACCCGGAACAGCUUUGCUGUGUGUGUAAGUGAGUGAGAGAGAGUGAGAGUGUGCAUACACCCCUGUGAGUUGUUUUUGUCGUCAUAAACAGCUGGAUGCGACUCGAGCUAGCAGGCUUUAGCAGAGCAACCUCUGCAGAAGGUGUCAGAUUGAAUCCGCCCUGCAGGACUACAAACAUGGUGCACUGCAUGUGAUCAGUGAGGAUGAGGAGCCGCAGUAACUCAGGAGUGAGGCUGGAUGGUUAUGCCAGGCUGGUCCAAGAGACCAUCCUGUGCCACCAGAACCCAGUGACAGGACUUCUACCCGCCAGUGCCCAGAAAAAGGACGCCUGGGUAAGGGAUAAUGUGUACAGUGUCCUGGCUGUGUGGGGGCUGGGCAUGGCCUAUCGCAAGAAUGCAGACCGCGAUGAAGACAAGGCCAAGGCCUACGAACUAGAGCAGAGUGUCGUGAAACUGAUGCAGGGACUUCUGCAGUGCAUGAUGAGACAGGUGGCCAAGGUGGAGGAGUUCAAACACACCCAGAGUACAAAGGAUUGCUUGCAUGCCAAAUACGAUACUCCCACCUGUGCCACAGUGGUUGGGGAUGACCAGUGGGGCCAUCUCCAGGUGGAUGCCACCUCGAUUUACCUGCUAAUGCUGGCACAGAUGACAGCCUCAGGUCUUCGUAUCAUCUCAAACCUUGAUGAGGUCGCUUUUAUCCAAAACUUGGUCUUCUACAUCGAGGCUGCCUACAAAGUGGCGGAUUAUGGGAUGUGGGAGCGUGGUGACAAGACCAAUCAGGGCAUCCCUGAGCUCAAUGGCAGCUCUGUAGGAAUCGCCAAGGCAGCUCUGGAGGCCAUAGAUGAGCUGGAUCUUUUUGGUGCCCAUGGAGGUCCGAAGUCAGUCAUCCAUGUUUUGCCUGAUGAAGUGGAACAUUGUCAGUCCAUCCUGUGCUCCAUGCUGCCAAGAGCUUCAACUUCAAAGGAGAUAGACGCCGGUCUUCUCUCUAUCAUUUCCUUCCCUGCCUUUGCUGUUGAGGAUGCUGACCUGGUGGCCAUCACUAAGUCAGAAAUCAUAAACAAACUGCAGGGUCGCUACGGCUGCUGCCGCUUCAUCAGAGAUGGUUACCAUUGUCCUAAAGAGGAUCCAUCCCGGCUACACUACGAUCCUGCAGAGCUCAAGCUGUUUGAGAACAUCGAAUGUGAGUGGCCCGUGUUCUGGACUUAUCUUAUUCUGGAUGGUAUCUUUUCUGAAGAUCAAGUGCAGGUGCAGGAGUAUCGUGAGGCACUGGAGGGCAUUUUGAUCAGAGGGAAGAACGGCAUCAAGCUUUUGCCUGAACUUUAUGCUGUACCACAUGACAUGGUGGAGGAGGAGUACAGCAAUCCUCACUCAGUGGACAGAGUGGCCAUGGGGCAGCUGCCGCACAUGUGGGGACAGUCGCUCUACAUCUUGGGCUGUCUUCUGGCCGAGGGAUUUUUAGCACCAGGAGAAAUAGAUCCUCUCAACAGGAGAUUCUCUACAAACUUCAAGCCGGAUGUUGUGGUACAAGUUUGUGUUUUAGCAGAGUCGGAGGAGAUCCAGGAGUUGUUAAGUGAACAUGGGAUCGUGGUCCAGACGAUGUCCGAGGUUCUGCCCAUAAGGGUCAUGCCUGCUCGCAUCUUGAGCCAUGUCUAUGUCAGACUAGGAAAUUGCAAGAAACUGAAUUUGAGUGGGCGUCCUUACAGACACAUUGGAGUUCUGGGAACAUCUAAAUUCUACGAGAUCAGAAAUCGCUCCUAUGUGUUCACCCCACAGUUCCUAGAUCAGCACCAUUUCUACCUGGCGUUGGACAACCAGAUGAUUGUGGAGAUGUUACGAACAGAGCUGGCCUAUCUCUCCUCAUGCUGGAGGAUGACAGGACGACCCACACUCACGUUCCCCAUCACUCGCAGCAUGCUGGUUGAAGAUGGAGAUGCGAUUGAUUCGUGUAUCCUAGCAACCCUAAGGAAACUACAAGAUGGCUAUUUUGCUGGAGCGAGGGUGCAGAUGUCAGACCUCUCCACAUUCCAGACCACUUCGUUCCACACUCAUCUCACGUUCCUGGAUGAAGAAAACGACGACAGCUUGCUCGAGGAUGACGAGGAUGAACAUGGCGAGUACGGAGAGGAAUAUAACAACUGUGGGGCCUCAGAGGGAUCAAAUGACAUGUUUGACCAGUACCUCACCCAGCUCCUCCACAGCACCACCAUCAAAAGCCAUCUUCCUCCCAUCCAGAGGGGGCAACACCACAUCUUUAGUGCCGAACAUACCACCAGAGACAUCCUGUCUUUUAUGGCCCAGGUCCAGGGCCUGAACAUGCCCAAGUCUUCCAUGUAUCUACCUGUGGCUCCUGUUAAGAGCAAGCACCGCAGAUCUCUCAACCUACUUGAAGUUCCUUCAGUUCCUCUGCAUCCUCAGCAUGGCUCAAAUGUAAAGCAGCAAAAGCCCCACAGUGCUGCUGAUCUGCACCUGCCUCGGGACUCUCAAGGCAACACGGACUUUGCUGCAUUGGUGAGGCAGCUGAAAGAGUGUCCAACUCUGCAGGACCAGGCUGACAUCCUCUACAUCCUUUAUGUCAUGAAAGGAGCUGAUUGGCUGGUGGAGUUGUCAGGUCCCGGACAGGGCGGUGUUAGCGUGCGCUCCCUGCUGGAGGAGCUGUAUGUACAAGCCGGAGCCUGCAAAGAGUGGGGACUCAUCAGACACAUCUCUGGAAUACUUCGCAAGAGAGUGGAGGUCCUUGCUGAGGCCUGCACAGAUCUGAUUUCCCAUCACAAGCAGCUGACUGUAGGUCUCCCUCCUGAACCCAGGGAAAGAGUCAUCACAGUUCCACUUCCUCCUGAGGAGUUGAACAGUCUCAUCUAUGAAGCCAGUGGUCAGGACAUCAGUGUCGCUGUACUCACUCAGGAAAUCAUGGUCUAUCUAGCCAUGUACAUACGCUCGCAGCCUGCUCUGUUUGGGGACAUGCUCCGGCUCAGGAUAGGACUCAUCAUGCAAGUGAUGGCCACCGAGCUGGCUCGCAGCCUUCACUGCUCCGGUGAGGAGGCGUCGGAGAGUUUGAUGAGUCUGAGUCCUUUUGGUAUGAAAAGCCUGCUGCAUCACAUCCUCAGUGGCAAAGAGUUUGGAGUGGGGAGGAGCAUGCGUCCAAUCCAGUCAACAGCCACAAGUCCUGCCAUCUCCAUCCAUGAAAUAGGCCACACUGGAGCCACCAAGACCGAACGCACAGGAAUACACAAGCUAAAGAGUGAGAUAAAACAGCUGGAUGACUCUCGGCCUAUAAGUAUCUUGAGCGGCAGCCUCUCCUUGAAUAGCACUGUCACUUCCCCUCGCUCCACGCGUUGCAGUAGCCCCUCCACCCCAAGUGGGAUCUUGUCCCCAGUUGGCACUGGUCCAGGAGAUGGACAGCUGCAGUGGGAAGAGAGGCAAGGCCAGUGGUUGAGGAGACGCAGGCUAGAUGGAGCUAUCAACAGAGUACCGGUGGGUUUCUACCAGAAGGUCUGGAAAAUCUUGCAGAAGUGCCACGGCCUCUCCAUUGAUGGAUAUGUGUUGCCAUCAUCUACCACAAGAGAGAUGACAGAAGGAGAGAUAAAGUUUGCAGUGCAGGUGGAAUCCGUCCUGAAUCACGUCCCUCAACCAGAGUACCGGCAGCUGCUGGUGGAGACUGUGAUGGUUUUAGGUCUGGUGGCUGAUGUGGACGUGGACAGCAUUGGCGGCAUUAUCCACGUGGACCGCAUCCUGCAUCUGGCCAACGACCUCUUCCUCAAUGACCAGAAAUCCUACAGUGCCAGUGAUUAUUUCCUUGAGAAGGACCCAGCGACCGGUAUCUGCAACUUUUUCUACGAUAGCGCCCCCAGUGGCAGCUAUGGCACCAUGACCUAUCUGUCCAAGGCGGCGAUCACUUACGUCCAGGACUUCCUGCCAAGUUCAAGCUGCCUGAUGCAGUGAAAAACAGACUUGUAACACCUGAAAAGACACAUUUUAUCACAAAAAAACUUCUCAUUAUCAACUCAUACAAUUCAUGUGGUGCUCAUAAAUAUGUACUCACAUAUACGGAUGUAACAUCGUAGCCUUGGCAGCUGAUUGCAAACCACUGUGUAAGCACUGUGAACUUAUUUAUUACUUAAACAUGCUGCUCGGUUAAACAUGCUGUUUGCAACUUACAUGAUCUUAUGUAAAUUGGACACAUCUCUGUGCUCUUGGUGUUGUGUGUGUGUGAGAAUAUUCUAUUAACAGUUAUCUGUCAUGUAACUGAAUAUGUCAUAAUCCUACUGAGCCUGGCAGUUAUCAGAGUAAACAUUUAGAUAAUUGAAAAUUAUUUCCCUCAAAUUAAUAAUUUGUACUUUUAUCUUGCUCUAAUGGCUGACCUAAACAAAAGAAUCAAACAUAAAUCAUAAAAACAAUUUGUACACUCUCACAAAUGACUUAAUUUCUUCCCCCGCAGAUGACUCAUUUGCACAUAUGAUUCAACAAAAAUCUUCCCUCUGAUAGCUUCCAGGCUCUUUAGAAUUCAGUGUUGAUGAUACUGUUGGAGUCUUGUAUUAAUGUGAGCCUCUAUGGAAACAAGAAUAAUAGCUUCCUUGAUUGUUUGUCUAUGUUCUUUGUGUACGUGUUGUGUGUUUUAUACAGCGAACGUAUAUGAAUGUCACGGUUUUGCUAACAUAUCGUUGCUUAACAUAUUGAGUUUAAUGUACAAUGAACGCACGUUUAUUUUUGGCAUGUUGGGCUAGAAGUCUGCUCUAAUACACAGAAGUUUAUAUGUGUGCAAUAUGUAUAAAUGCAAUACAUGCAUGGUGUAUACAUACAGAAAGUACAAGGAGCAUGUUGAAGAAGGUCUUUGUAAGUCUGACAUGAAUGUUAUCUGCAAGUUUUGUGCACAGAAAGCAAAACAGCAGGAAGAAAUAAGGUGAUAUAUUUUAAUGCCAACCCAACCCUGAAUAUUAUAACAUAUCAAAAAUAGAGAGAAAUUAAAAAAGAUAAUAUAAUCUAAUUAUUUUACUCAUAUAAUAUAUUAUGCAGGUCAACUAUUCAACAAUUACAAUACCUGUUCACUUAUUUUAACAAUGCAUUUACUGCCCAUUUCUAUCAUAAAAGUCCAUUUAUUAUGACAUUUUCAAAGUAUAUUCGUACAAUAAAAUCAUUCUACUAACAA